CGUGGCACAGCACAACACCACUCGGGUAGUUAUUCUAAGUGAUAAUGAAUACUAUUAAAGCCAUUAAAAAUGCAAUAGUCUGUCUCGUGUUGCUGCCCCGUUUUCUGAUGGCAGCAGUCAUGUUUUGGCUGCUUGACUUUUUAUGCAUAAGGAAAAGGGUUUUCUUCAGGAUGAAGGAGCAGGAGGGUGAUGCCAUCGAUCCUCCGCUCUGCAUAUCGGACUCCAACCGUCUCUUCAGUGUGGAGUCCCUCAAGGCAGUGUGGCACGGUCAUAAACUGGACUUCCUGAAGGCAGCGCAUCUCGGACACGGAGCGCCCAACACCGAAGUUGUUCAGCUGGAGGAUCAGCGGCGCAGCCGCAUCCUAGAUUACGCAAAAGACAAGAGACCGCUCAUCCUCAACUUUGGCAGCUGCACCUGACCACCGUUCAUGGCGCGUCUGAAGGCUUUCCAGGGAGUCGUGCAGCAGAACGCAGAUAUAGCAGACUCUGUGGUUGUCUACAUCGAGGAAGCGCACCCCUCCGACGGCUGGGUGAGCACUGACGCGCCCUAUCAGAUCCCCAAACACCGGUGUCUGGAGGACCGGCUGAACGCUGCGCAGCUGAUGCACCUGGAGGUGCCCGGCUGCCCGGUGGUGGUCGACAGCAUGGAAAACUCCUCCAACGCUGCCUACGGAGCUUAUUUCGACAGACUUUAUAUACUGCAGGAGGGAAAAAUAGUAUACCAGGGUGGCAGAGGACCCGAGGGGUAUCGGAUCACAGAGCUCAGAGACUGGCUGGAUCAAUACAGAAGAGAAACGCUGGACAAACCCAGUGAUCUAGUUAUUAAUGUGUAGAUUAUUUCUCAUCUUUGUAGAGCUGCUAUGACGAAAACAGAAAACAUGCUGCAGAUUUUUCAGUAUUAUAACUCCAACUAGAUAGAUUUUCUCCGUCAAUAAUGGUUUUAAGUGUAUUUAUUUUUGAUAUGGUUAGAUCAAAUGAAUUUAUUAAACAUUGUAGGCUGCACUACAGUAGGCUCCUUCAUGUCAUGUUGGACAUAGACAUCCUGUUAGGAUCCACCACAAACAGGUUAGUUUGUCUGAACCUUGUAUGUCUGUUUGUGAACAAAAGUAUUUUUUGUGUCAAAAGUUUUGUUUUGAUUUCUUCUCCUUGUGUAAAUGUGUCUUUAAUGAACCGGCCAGGACGCAGAGAUGUGCGCAUCACUGUGCUCGUCAGUACAUAGUGAAGUUCGGUUUUUAAACGGGCUGAAUCCAGAAAACCGACACUGAUGUUUUUCGUACUGGAGAUCACGGUGACUGUGCUGCUCUCUGCCCUGCAUGGCGCAACUGUUUUGUAAAUAUUGUUCCGUUUUAUGAAUAUAUUUUUCAUACAAUAAAAUGCUUUGAUCUACUCCUUUA